AUGGCUGGAUUUUGCCGAUCAUGGAUAGCGGGUUAUGCCGAACUCACCAAGCCCCUGACAGCCAUGACCCGACAGGACCACCCCGAUAAACUCCAAUGGAAUGAGGAAGCCUAUGCCUCCUUUGAACGAAUAAAACGGGAACUCCGCUCAGCUCCCGCUUUGGGACUCCCAGACUACCGUAUCCCUUUCAAUCUCUAUGUCCACGAACAAAUGGGAGUUGCAUCAGGGGUCCUCACACAACCCUUUCGUGAUAGGGAAAGACCAGUAGCCUACUACAGUCUUCAGCUGGAUAACACAGCUAAGGGAACUGUCAACUGUCUCCGUGCUAUAGCUGCAACAGCCGCACUUCUUGAGAAAGCUCAGGAAACUGUAUUAGGACAUGAAAUCACCAUACAUGUUCCGCACGCGGUGUCCAUUCUCCUAACAAUGAAGGGUUCGCACCACUUCUCAAACUCGCGACUAAACCGCUAUGAGGCCUUACUUCUGACCCCUUCGAAUGUAACUAUCAAACGAGUUACCUCCCUCAAUCCUGCCACCCUCUUACCACUACCAGAUGAUGGCACCCCACACCAUGAUUGCACCCAGAUAGUCCGUCAGGCAGAGAAACCUCGAGAAGAUUUAGAUCAUCUUCCCCUGCCAAAUCCGGACCUAAUUCUGUAUACCGAUGGCAGCUCCAAAAUUGUAGACGGGGAAAGGAAGUCGGGGUAUGCAGUGGUCACGGAUUUUGAAAUAAUAGAAGCCAACCCAAUAAGUCCGCAGUAUAGUGCCCAAGCGGCUGAACUUGUAGCCCUCAUCAGGGCCUGUGAAAUUAGUGAAGGCAAACGGGCCACCAUCUACACAGACAGCAAGUAUUGCUUCGGAUUGGUGCACACCACGGGGCAAAUCUGGCUCCAAAGGGGCUUCUUGACAGCGGCGGGUUCCCAAAUAUCGCACGCUGCCCUGGUAGAGAGGCUCCUGAAUGCUAUCCACCUACCCGAGGCAAUAGCUGUUGUUCACUGCAAAGCACACACGAGAGGGAGGGAUCCCAUCUCCAAAGGGAAUAGCCGGGCGGAUAGAGCGGCCCAAAUGGCUGCACUCCAACCUCCCUCAGAGGGAAUGGACUUUCAGUGCAUCCAACUCCCAGCUGAUUUAAACCUGAAAGAUAUCUAUCAGGCCAUAACUGAUGAAGAACUGGCAAAGUGGAUCUCUAUCGGUGCGUCCGAAAUCGACGGGAUUUGGACUUUGCCGGAUGGUAGAAUAGUUCUACCCAAGGCUUGGACGCCUAAGUUCGCAAGGACACUUCACCAACAGACCCACUGGGGAAAGGGAAAGAUAACGGACUUCAUACAAAGGUACUGCUAUGCGCCGGGGACUGCAGCCGCGGCCGCAGCAGCUACCAAGAAUUGUAUCACUUGCCAAAACUUUAACCCGAAACGGGAACCUAAACGGCCCCCAGGAGCUAGACCGUGGGCUUUCGUCCCCUUUGAGACCCUGCAAUUAGACUUCAUCGAUCUACCACCAUGCCAGGGAUUCAAGCACGCACUAAUCAUUGUAGACAAGUUCUCCCAUUGGGUAGAGGGAUUUCCUACCCGACGGGCGACGGCCUCUGUAGUCGCUAAAACUCUCAUCCACGAAAUUAUACCUAGAUAUGGGAUCCCCCGUAAAUUGGACAGCGAUCAAGGAACCCAUUUCACUGCAGAGGUGGCCCAACAUGUUGCCCAGGCACUCGGGAUUAAGUGGGAACUACACACCCCUUACCACCCUCAGUCUUCUGGCCAAGUAGAGCGUAUAAACCAAGAAAUCAAGUUGCAACUUGGAAAACUCUGCAGUGAAACGGGGCUGAAAUGGACGGACUAUCGCUUUCUUGACUACCAUACCGCAGACCUUGGGGGCAACCAGAACCCGGACCGAGUGGGCGACUUCAACUUUUGCCUCCCGGAAUCCCGAACCCUCCUUCGUCACUCCUUGGUCCCAAGGCUCAGUGGGACCCAAUACUGGGAACUUUUCAUACGGGACCGGAACUACCAGCGCAUUGGAUCUGCAAAUCUCACCUUGGAACAGCAGUACUACCGACUUCACUGUACCAAUGGAUCAUACUUCCUCUACGGGCAAAGGGACAUCCUCCGCUACCCUAAUUGGACCGAGAUGGAAAAGGGAGGUGCCCAACCCGUUUACACAGACAACCACCAUCCAUCAGAAAGGUUGAUAUUUGGGUUCCAAUGCCUCCUCUUGACCCCGAAGCCGGAGAAACCACAGCUACAGGGAGUUUGUUUAAGGCGUUUCUGUUGUCUAUGGAACUUGGGCUACACACAGGGUUGGAAAGGAGGGGAAUACCUUGAAGGCUGGUACCACCCUGUAGGAUCUUCAAACAAUUCCCCAGUGUGGGACCACGAUGGACCGCAGCGAUGUGGGGGAAUCGCCAAGAAUACGACCCUCCUAAGCACCUCUGACCCCCUCCAUCCUAUCGGAACGGCUCCUAGACAGCUCGGUGGAUACUCCACUCUUGAGGAGCCUGAUCUGCUCUCCUCCUGGGGCAAGAACUCUUACCUCCAACUCCUUAGCCAGGUAGCUAAGGAGGCCCCUCCACAAGACUGUUGGAUUUGCGCCCAUGCUCCAAGCCACAUGCGGCAAGGGCUACCCCUGGUACCAGUGCCUGUCACCCUAGAACAAUUCCGCUCCGGGGACAUGACAUCCUGGAAUCUUACCGCUAUGAACCUGACUCAUCAGUACCUGUACCUCACGGGUCCAACUAAGGGCCCCCUCUGCCGACUUUUCGCCGGUGGCGGGGCCCACAUAGGUACCAGCACCUGCACCACCAACCUCGAACUCCAUGCUUCUGGACAGGUGACAAUCUCCUCACAUCUAGGUUCCCACAUUUACCCCAAUCUUUCAAUGGCAUGGGUCGCGGUGAUUGGCCGCCCUUCUAAAAACUCUACAUACAACCCGAACCCCUUGCUCCUGCGGCCCUUCGCUUCCGGAAGGAUGGAAUCCUACCUCUCAGGGUUAUUCUGGGUAUGUGGGCAUCGCGCAUACAGCUGGGUGAGCCCCCACAUGUCUGGUUCCUGUUUCAUCGGAUACAUCGUGCCUGGAAUCCGAGUCACUUACAACUUACCAGCUGGAAGGCAAAGGAACAGGAGAGGGCAGAAAUCCCUCUCAGAUCUCUCCGAUGUGGCAGCCAACGGUGAAACAUGGGGCAGGGCAUUAUUCCCUGCAUAUGGAGCGGGCUCCAACCAUGUGGACAUCCUUAAACUUACUGAUGUACUUCUGAAAUUCAUGCAGGAAGCAGAACAAAUCACGGACUCCCUCACCACAGAACUGUCACAGGCUUCCCCUGGGAACAUCUGA